CGCAAAAAAAAAAAAGGGUAGGAAAAAAAUAAAAAUACUAAAAGGUAAAUAGUGGGACUGUUAAUGUCUACGGACACCUCCUCUACCAAAAAUGAUAGACAUGAAAGUUCCUUCAUUUUCGUCGUUUGGACCCUAGCUGAGCUCUUUCGUAAACUUAAAAUUGCAGGAAUGAGCGGUUGCAUAAUGUAAAUGGUCAUUUGCUUUUGUUUUAUCUUUCAAUAUUUGGUUGGUGUAUUCUAUAAGCAAAUAGCGAGCUCAGAAGUCUGAAAGGUCCAAUCUUCGACAAAGAGUUGGGGGUUCUAAGAGAUGGAAAACCGAGUUACUCGGUCUAGGAGACAACCACCUCAGCAUCAGGAGCAACAGACCAGGGCUAGAUGGACAGCAUCGCUUACAAAAAUACUUGCAGACUUGAUGGUUGACCAAGUUCACAUAGGGAACAGACAGAACAAUUCAUUUGGUAAAAAAGCAUGGAAGUAUAUGUGUGAUGAAUUCUACAAGAAAAGCGGUCUGAAAUGGGACAAGGAGCAAUUGAAGAACCGUUAUGCAGUCUUGAGGAGGCAAUAUAUUACCGUAAAGUCACUUCUUGAUCAAAGUGACUUCACUUGGGAUGAAUCCACAGGAACUCUUAUAGCCAGUGAUGAUGCAUGGACUGAAUAUGCCAGGGGACAACCUGAUGCGGAGACUUUAAAAUCCACGGGCUGCCCAAUUUACAAAGAGCUGUGCAUUAUAUUUUCAGAACCACUAGCAAAUGGGAAACAUGAACCAUCAGCUGAACUCGAAAGAGGGUCUCCUUCAAACCCUAGUCCACCACAGCCAAAACCCUUGUGCUUGCCCCAAGAGUCCUCAUCAGAUUCUGAAGAAGUUGAAAAUGUGGAUGAUCAAGGCAUAAGUCAGCCUACCACACCUAGUAUAACUGGUAUCCGUAAAAGAGGGCGCAAAGGAAUUGAUGAUGUCAUUGCCGGAGCUAUAUUGGAGAUGGCAGCUGCAUCAAAGCUACGAACAGCUGCUAUACAGCAAUGUAAUGCCAGAUAUUCUAUUACUAAAUGCAUCAAAGAAUUGGAUGACAUGCUAGGUGUUGAUCAGCAACUCUAUUUUGCAGCUCUUGAUCUGUUCAGCAAACCCAUUUCAAGAGAGACUUUCCUGUCCCUCAAAGUUGAGAAGCGCUUGAAUUGGUUGCGUGGCAAGUGUAUGGCACAUCAAAGACCUUAGGUAGAUGAGGAAAUGUUACUUUCUUUUGUCUCUGUGAGGAUGGCAUCAUGGCAGUACAUAUUGACUUGUGAAUAUCUAGUAGUGUAGUUAUGGUGGGUACAUAUUGACUUGUAAUAUGUCCAGUAGCACAGUCGUAAUUCAACUUCUAAUUGACUUAUUGUGAAUAUCAAGUGGCAUAGUUUAUGUUGGGCA